UAAUUUGAGGUGAAUAUCAUAUAACCUAUAUUUCUUAACUAAUAAUUAAAGGGUCAUCGUAUUACAAAUUAACCAAUCUGAUAACUCUCGCGAUAUCUCAUAAUAAACGGCGCAGUGCGUUACUAGCGUUACUCAUCAGUCUGUCAGUAGGAUUUCGAUUACACUUGUUUAAGUUGUGGUGCGUUGUUGUGCUGAUUGCUGUGCUGCGCUAUUGCGCUUGAUUCGGGGCGCGGAUUUAACGGUAUCGCGCAGUUUAGGCGCACUAAAAGACUUGAAGAUACCAAGGCCAUAACACGGCCCGAAGGGCCGUCUGGACGCCGAUGCUGUAAACAAGAUGUGAACCGUAUCCCAUGCAAGCAGCCGCGUCGUGCCAUAAGAUGGCAGAGCACGACUUCGACCCGCGGCACCAUCGAAAGCACUUUCACGGCAAUGCCGUCAGCCAGGAUGACGACCGGGAAGGCUGUUUUCCCGAGGAAUAUGAUCCUUUCGCUGGCGACGGCGAUUUGAUUGAAGACGACUCGAACAUCUCUCUGACAGCGCCUCCGCAAUCUCAGUGGUACCAUGGACGAUUGGACCGGCAUACUGCCGAGCAGCGUCUGCAAGCUGCUGGGGGUCUGGGCCGUUACCUGGUUCGAGAGAGUGACCGCAAGCCAGGCUCAUACGUACUCUCCUACCUUGGUCACACUGGUAUCAACCACUUCAGGAUCACUGCUGUUUGCGGCGACUACUACAUCGGCGGCCGUCAGUUUGACUCGCUGUCUGACCUCAUUGGCUACUACACCGGCUGGUCGGACUUGCUGAAGAAGGAACGCCUCAUUCAGCCAGUUUCUCCUCCCGAGCCUGUCAAUGACAAGAAGCGAGCCAUUGCAGUCCUGCCAUAUGUGAAGAUGGCUGACACAGAUGAACUAAGCUUCCAGAAAGGGGACAUCUUUGUGGUUCACAAUGACAUGGGUGAUGGCUGGCUGUGGUGCACCCUGCAUCGCACUCAAGAAAGUGGGCUCGUCUUCAAGGAGCUUUUGGAGGAACUGGAUGAUAAUGUAGAUCCGAACGAAAUAUACCCUUGGUUUCAUGGGGACAUCUCGAAGGAAGCUGCUGUUGAAGAGCUUGCAAAAAUGGGCCCGGGAAGCUUUCUGGUGCGUCCAAGUGACAAUUCACCAGGGAACUUCUCCCUGUUCUUCCAUAUUAACAACACCAUUCAGAGGUUUCGAAUAGAAAGAAGAGGAAACCGUUAUGUCAUGGGUGGACGAACCUUUCACAGUCUUGAGGCAGUGGUGAGCCGCUAUAAGGUGGAACAAAUAGUGGAAGGCCAUGUCCUCGGAGACCCCGUGCUGAAGGCCCCUUACGAGACCUGUCACUCGAGCCGGGCUGAAGAGCUCCAGCAUCGGUCGCGCGACAUUUAUGCCACGCUGCGGGAGAGCCGAGAAACUGGCAUGGCAAAGCGCAGCAAAGGCGUUCGCAUGCAGGGCUACCUCUCUAAGAAAAGUGUGGGCAACAAAAAGUGGAAAAACCUUUACUUUGUCCUCAAUUCCAAAGAACUGCACUUGUAUUUUUUCGACAACCCAAGGCGGACAAAGCCAAAGGGUUUAAUAGAUCUCAGUUAUUCCUACCUGUACAUGGUUCAUGACAGUCUUUUAGAAAGGCCCAAUUGCUUUCAGAUUGUUGAAAGGGCCCUUCCUUGUAUCAGCACCGUGUAUUAUCUGUGUGCCAGUUCCUCUGAUGUGGUUCGGGAAUGGAUGAGUGCGGUGGGUCCCCUGUGCGUGCCACAGCUGGCCAAAGGGUCGGUUGGUCGAGGUGCCUCACCCUCCGUCUCCCAAGUGCGCUCGCUCAGCCUCACAUUGCUCGAGGCUCACAGGUUGCCUGUCCGCCUUGCCCCACACCCCUUCUGCAUCAUUUCCCUCAACCAGGUGAAGGUGUGCCGCACUCAAGUCAAGUGCCCACCUGAUCCAAUCUGGGAAGAGGACUUUCUGCUCGAGGACCUUCCGUCAGACGUCACAUCUUUCACCAUUACUCUUUACACUAAAGGGAAAAGGUCAAAAGACAUGGAAAUGGCGGAAGUCACUGUUGAGUUGGACAGUUUGGUUAACUGCGAAGAAACGGAAGAAUGGUUUUCUUUGGGUGGACUGACGCCUCCGAUUCGUGAAGACUGGGGGUCCCUGCGUGUGCGAAUCCGCUACGUGCAUGAGGUCAUUAUGCCACUGGCUGAGUACACAGCCUUCAAGGAGUUGGUGGUAGAUGAGGAGCUCCACCUGGUGAGCGUCCUGGCAGACUUGUGCCACAAGGAUCGCACUCCCCUGGCCAGUGCCGUGCUCCGGGUGUUCCGCUACGAGAGAAAGGAGGCGCUCCUGCUCAGGGACAUGAACAACCGAGAGAUCGACCUCGAGGAGGAGACAUCAACGUUGUUUCGCACAACAUCAUUGACGACGACGCUGAUGGACCAAUACAUGCGCUCGACUGGCCACGAGUUUCUGAAGCACACCGUUUACGACUCCAUAAUUCGUGUAAUGGAUGGACGGCAAUCUUGUGAGUUAAAUCCCAGUAAACUGGACAGUCCCUCUGAAGCCUGUGCCAAUGCUGAGCAUUUGCUCUCAGUGUUGGAUUCGAUUGUUGAGUCUAUUUUUUCAUCUGUGGAACAUUGCUGCCGCACCCUGAGGUACAUUUGCCACUGCCUUCAGAAGAAGGUGUCAUCCAAGUGGCCGCAUGACCCUAUGGUCAAGACCAGAGUAGUCAGCGGGUUCAUUUUCCUGCGGCUUCUGUGUCCUGCUAUAUUGAACCCGAGACAGUUCAACCUCAUAAGCGACACUCCGUCGGAGACCGCAUCACGCAGUCUUAUACUGGUGGCAAAAUGUCUCCAGAACCUGGCCAACCUUGUUGAGUUUGGGGCCAAGGAGCCCUGGAUGGAGGUUGUGAACCCUUUCAUUCUCAAGAACAAAAAUAGGAUGAUCCGCUUCCUGGAUGAGAUUGCUAAUGUUCCUGAAAAACCAGAGCCUGAUGACACAUUUGUCGGCGACCCUGCUCGUGACUUGGCAACGCUGCACCACAUAUGUGUCAUGCACAAGGACGACUUGCUUGCACAGAGCACUGAAAAGCCCAUACUGAAGAAAGUAAUCACAGUCACCGACAUGCUGUCCAAGCAUCGGCAGCACUAUAUGGACAACGCAAGGUAGCCACAGUUCAGUAACAUCUGUGGAACCUGAACUACUGCCAAGAUUUUUCUUGUGCAAGAAACUUGCAGAACAUUGAGGCACAAUCCACGAUCUUGGUGUUCUGUGGCCCCGCCAGCUUACUCGACCUGCAGAAAAGCAGCGAGGCUCCUCCGGGAUCUUCUCUCGACUUUAGCGAGUGACCCAUUUCUGUUAGCGCUUCACAUUUCCUACGCCUCUGAUCCCAUUUACCUCUUGGUAAUUUUUAAAAAAUUCUUUGAUGCAGUCACUUGACCCGCUAGUCUCCAAAAUAGGCCACAUUGAGGGAACCUUGCUUCAGUAUUUUAAGUUCGUAACACACAUUUAGUCUUUCCAAGGCAGUUUGUGAGACGUCAAAUGAUGCAGAGUUGAUAAGUGUGCUUCUUGAAUCGUAUGCAUCUUUGUGUAGCUUCCACAACUUGGUAACAUGUGGCGAGUUAUUCUAAAAAGAAAAAUACUGAUAGCCAAAAGCAAAGGUGAAUUUCACUGGUUGAUCCAGAGCACAUUCCGGUCUCUGUCGGAAAUUUCCAUUUGCACUGGUUGAUUCAAGAUCAAAUUCUUGUUCUCCAGUAGUUGUCAGUAGUUGUGUUCAAUUAAUGCACGCUACUGGUGGCCAUUUUUUUCUUGCCCUAUCCUUUUUAUGGCCAUACGGAACACAUCACACCUUUCUGAGGGUGGUGCCUCUCAACUUUUGCAGUGCAGGGCAUGUCUAUACAUCUUUAAUCACUCGAGCUUUAAUUUGUAAAACGUUAGGUUCGAGUGCGUACACGAUGGUUGCUGCUUUAGAACGGCCAGUGGAAUUUGCUGCAAUUUGUAGCAGUAGACAAAUUACCAAAGUGCCAAUGUACCUGAGCCUCGCCUUUGUGCUAUCGUUGGUUUCAGCUUUCCUUAUUUCUCUGUACGAAGCAUAUUUGUUAUUAGGCUUUGUUACUUUUUGUUCUUAGCAAUUCAUCGUGUAAUGUUCGCUGUGAUAAGCCUUGCGCUAGCCAGAAUGUUGCUUCAUUAGCGAGUGUGUUUCUUGCUAGAAGUAAUAAACCUGCUCUUCCCAGGAAAAAAAAAAAGAGGCUACCACAUUAUCAAAAAAUUCAGUGGUCUUUUACAACUAAUGUUGACUUUUUUUUUUCUUUGUUCAGCUUACAUGUGAAAAAAAAGUUGGUGUUAUCACUUGAACUAAGAGGGCCAGCUUUUGUGGGCCUUGUACUUUGCUCAAGAUGGGGCCCAGUGCAAUUUUUUUAGCUUCUGUGAAAAAAGAAAAAAAUAAUUAGCAGGGCUCAAAGAGUUCUAGAUUUUGUACAUGCUAGCCAAACACUCAUACAAAAAUAUGUAGUGUGUAUGCUCCACAUUUUUAUCACAUUAGACGCGCAAGACCGUAUUCCUUCGGGGCACUUCAGUGUUGUUACUGCUUUUGCAUACUUUCAUCAAAAUGGUCAACAUGUUUCUUCAAAUUUAGUGCUUAACUCGCGACUCAUUCUUUUUCCCAAUCGUGCUCAAGUGCUAGCUUUAAUUUUUUGGCCCGAGUCUUUCCAAGUUGAAAUGUGGCUUGGUGCUCUACUAAGCCUCGUAUUUAGCAGUAUUUAGCGGAGAUUCCUGUGCCUAACAUUUACCUGUCUGUGUUGUCGUUAGCGUAUGGAUGUACUGCUUUCCCAUACUUGCCUCUACUGUGACGCUGUUGCAUACCAAAAUGCAGAUGCAUAGACAUUGUGUGGCAGAGUACCAUGCUUAAGAAUUGAUGGUGCUUGUAAUGCUUGUAAAUAAACUGCACUCAUAUGCACAUACUGGACUGA